AUGAUGCCAUCCGCGCACGUCUACGGCCACCACCAGUUCAACCCCCAGGCGGAUUCGGCCUGGAUGCACCAGCAGGCCGGCCAUCACCAACAACAGCACGCACACCAGGCAGCUGCUGCGGCAGCUCAGCAGCAGCAACAGGCCCAGCAGCAGCAGGCUCAACAGGCCCAGCAGCAGGCCCAGCAGCAACAGCAUCAACAGCAGCAAGCUCAGCAACAGCAAGCCCAACAGGCUCAGCAGCAAGCUCAGCAGCAGCCUCACUAUGGACGCAUGCCCGGCGGUCACGCCAACGUCAACAGCAGCCUUGCCGCCUCUCACGGGCAAGAUGGUGGACAUGACAAUAUCUCGGAGGACAAUAGGCGGACAAUGGCAUACAUUGCGGACCUUUUGAGCGAAAACACCAGAGAGGCAGCAUUGCUGGAGCUCAGCAAGAAGAGGGAACAGGUGCCUGAGUUGGCUUUGAUACUGUGGCAUUCGUUUGGUGUCAUGACAUCCCUCUUGCAAGAAAUCAUCUCCGUCUAUACGCUCCUCAAUCCAUCGCAACUCACGGCCGCUGCAUCGAAUAGAGUAUGCAAUGCGCUGGCUCUCCUCCAGUGCGUGGCAUCCCACAACGAUACGCGGACCCUGUUCCUCAACGGUAAGCUGCAGUCAAAGCUCCCUGGCAAUCUGGUGAAAUCGCAGAUAAGGUUACAGCAUCGCUUACUGACACCCCUGGCAGCGCACAUACCUCUCUUCCUCUACCCUUUUCUCAACACGACGUCCAAAUCACGACCGUUUGAGUACCUCCGCCUGACAAGCCUGGGCGUCAUCGGGGCCCUAGUCAAGAACGACUCUUCCGAGGUCAUCAAUUUCCUCCUCACGACGGAGAUCAUCCCACUCUGCCUCCGUAUCAUGGAGACUGGAUCAGAGCUGAGCAAGACUGUUGCCAUCUUCAUUGUUCAGAAGAUACUGCUAGACGACAAUGGUCUGAACUACAUCUGUGCCACGUAUGAGCGCUUCUAUGCUGUCGGCACCGUCCUGAGUAAUAUGGUUGCUCAGCUCGUCGAAUCCCAGACCGCUCGCCUGCUUAAGCACGUGGUGAGAUGCUUCCUUCGAUUGAGUGAUAAUGCCAGAGCGCGCGAGGCCCUUCGACAAUGCCUUCCCGAACCCUUGCGAGAUGCCACCUUUUCGUCUGUUCUCCGUGACGACGCAGCCACUAAGAGAUGCCUUGCUCAACUCCUGAUUAACCUCUCCGACAAUGUGGUGGAUCCUAAUUCUGCCGGCGUCUCUGCGCUAUAA